AUGGAUCUCGGCUAUCCACAUAAAUAUGCUUGCCUCCCUCACUACCUGGCGAAAAGUAAGAACGUCGAGUACUUUCAUUUUCUUUCCAAAAUCCCAAAAACUCAUAGACAUCUAGCCCGACGGCCGCUUCUACAUCCUACAUGGCGACCGAACGCUCUACAGCGACCUCCCACCAUCCGAGGCAUCGCUAUGGGCCUCGCGGCUGAUUCCACAAUCGUAUCGGGUGCAGACCACCAAGCUCACUCGCGCCGCCUGGCGCUACAUUCCCUCCACCUAUCUCAUCUGCGAGAACGAUCAGGCCGCUCCCCCUCAGUACCAGGAGAUGUUCGCCGCGAGCGCGAAAGCGCAGGUGGAAAGGUGCAGCUCGGGACACUCGCCGCACCUGAGCCAGCCUGA